AUAAUUUUUCACCUGAAGUUGGCAAUGUUGCUGUAUCACCAAGAAAAUAGUAACUUACAUUUAAAAAAUUACUAUUUUGUUUUAUUUGACGAUAAAUAUAAUUUUUCUUUUUUACAAUAAAUAGGAAACAUUAAACGAUUCUAUGAAUUCUCAAGUGACACCCGGAGCUUCUCAUACUGCAGAAGCUAGUAGGAAACGAACUGCUGCCAAAAAAUUGAUAGAACGGUAUUAUUUUCAGCUGACUGAUGGUUGUGGUAAUCAGUCUUGUGAAAAUGAAAACUGUGCUUCAUGUCAAAAAGCUCCUAAACUAGAUCCAGAUGAAGCAGCUGCUCGUGCCAUAAGGCUCUUUAAAGAUAAAGCUAAGCUUUGUGUACCACCGUGCCCAUCAACAGAUGAAAGCUAUAGUUCAGAUGUUCCAAAUGGCACAAAUAAUAUCAACGAAGGUCUUUCAUCUGAACAGAAUUUUCGACUAUGUGGUAGAGAUCGAAAGAAUUCGCAUACAAAUGAUUCUUGUAAAAUGGACACAGAUGUGCCAACUUCAUCAUCUGAAGACUCUAAUGUGUCUAAGUUAAAAGAAUCCAACCAAUCACUUGAAAAUCCUACAGACUGUUCUAGCUCAAUUACUAAAUCUUCCUCUAGUUCAAGUUCACCGAUGGAUACAACAAAGGAACUGGCUUCUAAAGAAGUUUUAUAUCUAGAUGAAAAUCGUUUACUUGAAAUUAUUGAAAAAUGUAAAGAAGAACAAAAUUUUUCAUUAUUAAUUAGAACUCUAGGUCAAGUAUUUUCAAGUGAAGAGUCAUUAAAAAAGAGUUUUAAGAAUGAUAUUACCAAAGACAAUCUAUCCAAAGAAGACAUUAGAGCAAUGGAAAUUGAUGAAGAUAAGGACAAAGAUUCAUCCAAAGAAGCUGGUAGUUCUGAGGAAGAAAUUGUAGAGUCAAAACCUGGCAUAGUUACUGUUGAUAUUAGUUCUGUGAGACGGGCAUUUGAUGCUCUUUUUAAAAUACCCGACUUUCCUUUUCAGCGAGCUAUGAUCAAUGCUCUUAUUAUUCUUUCUGAAAAUUUAGAAUUUGAUUUCAAAUAUGGGAAUAAACAAGCUAUUGAUCCAAGUCUUCUAAAUAUUUUUGUUAUUGUGAUGGAAAUUCCUAUGUUGGAAUAUCCUGAAUACUUAGAAGCUGCUUUGCCAGCAUUUUGCAAAGCAGCAUCUUUUUUGCCAGUUCGUAGCCAAGCUGUUUUAGCUCGUACCUGGAGUGCUUUUGAUCCCGAGCGCUUAAGAGGGAAAGUGAACACUCUUCAUCAAUUCAUUACUUUACGAGUCAUCGGAGGACAGUUUACGAGAGAAUAUUGUAUUAAUGAUGAGGAAACUGUGAUUGCUGCAACCAAACUUAUGAAACUUCUAUAUUAUGCUAGCCUUCUUGGUGGAACUGUUGAAGAUUGUAGCGAUGAUGAUGAAGAUACAGUAGAACCUGAUGAUAAUCUUCAUGAUCUUUUAGGUGCCAGAGCAUUGCCAGAAUCCAAAGAAAGUCAGAGAUCAAAGGAAGACCCUUUGAGUCUUGAACUUAAUAUUAAACCCAUUGACUGCAGGUCACCCCUGCUACCUUUUGAAGCUUUUUAUAAUGAACCUCUUAGUGAUUUACUUGAAGUGGAUCGAGAUUUUGCAUAUUAUAAAACAGAUGGUGGUAAAUUUUCAUUUAUGAACUAUUCAUUUAUUUUAACACCUGCUGUAAAAGCAAUGGGUUUGUAUUAUGACAACAGGAUACGGAUGUAUAGUGAACGUAGAAUAUCCGUCCUUCAAAGUUUAGUACAUGGUGCUCCUCCAAAUCCAUACUUAAGAUUACGAGUAAAAAGAGAUCAUAUAAUAGAUGACGCUCUUGUUGGGCUUGAAAUGGUUGCAAUGGAAAAUCCAACUAAUUUAAAAAAGCAACUAGUUGUUGAAUUUGAAGGUGAACAAGGUAUUGAUGAAGGUGGAGUCUCUAAAGAAUUUUUUCAGCUUGUAGUUGAAGAAAUCUUUAAUCCUGAUUUUGCUAUGUUUACGCUAAAUCCAGAAACUCAAAUGUAUUGGUUUAACCCUACAUCAUUUGAAAGUGAUGCACAGUUUACACUUAUUGGAAUAAUCCUGGGCUUAGCUAUCUACAACAACAUAAUUUUAGAUGUCCAUUUUCCAAUGGUAGUGUAUAGGAAACUUAUGGGUAAAAAAGGAACAUUCUAUGAUUUAGAAGAUUGGAAUCCUACUCUUUAUAAAGGAAUGCAAGAUCUAUUAUCAUAUACAGGUGAUGAUAUGGAAACUGUAUACAUGCAGACUUUUAGGAUAACUUAUGAGGAUGUAUUUGGAACUGUAUUAGUUCAUGAUCUUAAAGAAAAUGGUGAUAAAAUUCUUGUGAACCAGUCAAACAAAGAGGAAUUUGUUAGAUUGUAUGCUGACUUUUUAUUAAAUAAAUCCAUAGUGAAACAAUUUCAAGCAUUCAAGCGUGGGUUUCAAAUGGUAACUGAUGAUAGUCCUUUGAAAAUGCUUUUCAGGCCAGAAGAGAUAGAACUUCUUGUAUGUGGUAACAAGAAUUUUGAUUUCAAUGCACUUGAAGAAGCAACUGAAUAUGAUGGAGGAUACCUUUCAGAUACACCAAUUAUUAAGUGGUUUUGGCAACUUGUACAUGAUUUCAGUUUGGAACAAAAGAGAAAACUUCUUCAGUUUACUACUGGUAGUGAUAGAGUACCUGUUGGAGGUCUCAGCAAGCUCAAAUUAGUCAUAGCUCGACAUGGUCCUGAUUCUGACAGGUUACCUACAGCUCAUACAUGUUUCAAUGUGCUAUUACUUCCUGAAUAUAGUUCAAAAGAAAAAUUGGAAGAAAGACUCUUGAAAGCUAUCAAUUAUUCAAAAGGAUUUGGAAUGCUCUGAUCAUAGCUCCUUAUCCUAGAUCAGUGCUUUAUCGAGAGAAUUUUCUCGUGCCACUUUUUGUAAAUAUAAGAGAUAAAUUAAUUUACACUGUGUACAGCUCUCUUCCGGAAUGUUCAUGCUACUUUUCAAUAUUAUGGCUUCUUGUUGAAAGAUGAUUUUAUUAUCCCUCUUCUCCCAUUUGUGCUUAGUUAAAUUAUUUUGUUAGAAUAAUAAAAUAAGCUAUAAUGUAAAGUAACGAAUAUUGGUUUGCCUUAUCAUUAAGUAUUUUAACUGUGUCGUACUUUAUGAUUGAAAAGUUUAUUUACAUAAUUCAUAUAAGUAUUAGAGUGUUUUGAGAUUUUAUUAUUCUUUGAGGUAAAAUUUAUAUUAAUGUCUAAUAAAAUGUAAUUUGCAAUUUUUGCAUUUUCUAUAAUUAUAUUUUGACAUAAAGUAUUGCUAAUUUGUUCAGUUUUGAGUUUUGUAAGUCAAUCCUCCAUUUCUUUUUCUACUAUCAUCAGUUUUUACAAACAAAUCAUUUUUGAGAAGCUCUGAAUAUGGUCAUUGAUUAAACUUUAAUUCGAGCAAUAAAGUAUUUUCUGCA